AUGGUUUCAAAGUGUAAAGUUUUGCUGGUUGUGCUCGUUUUUACCAAAGCAUCUAGUGAUAAUAUUCGUGGAAAAUCUGGAAAGAGAAAACAGCAUUUAUACUCGAAUGACAAUAUAUGGAAAAAGGUAUAUGAGACGGAAUUAGAUGACGCGUUUCUCGUCUCAGAUAGGGACAAAAACUUCACACGAGCGGCCCAAUCCACUUCGACCUCUGAUAAUGAAGUAGUAAUAGAAAAGCUUAUGGAAGCUAUAACAGCGAACGAGAAAUAUUUAAAAAAAAUUGAAAACAUAGACUUUAAACUAAACAGGCUUGAUAUAGAAAUACAUGAAAGGACAAAUGCGAUAUUGAAACGUUUGACUGAGGUAACAACUACAGUUCAUAGUCCAGGCGAUUCUAAGAAAUAUAACGCCUCUUGGGAUGAUCUAAAAACAGAUAUAAGUCAAAUUAAACUUUCCUUAGAAAAAUACCAACGGCAUUCUGUGGAUAAUAAGGAGUGCAGUUUAGAAGUAAAUUUAGAUAGUCGGCUUUCAUUUCUGGAAAGUCACAUGAAGUCCGUUAUGAACAGCGUAGAUACAAUAGCAAACGUUAUCGCAGAGGUGAAAAAUCGUCAGCGCACACGAAAUUCAAAUAAACCUGAGGUGAAUGGUGCCAUCGACCCCUCUUUUCUGAUCAACGAGUUCCGGAGAGUCAUUCACGAGCAGAAAACAAAAAAAUGCGAUUGCAAGUCUGGUCGUGUAGAUCGCGCGGAGCGGUAUCCUACAGAUUGUCAAGAAAUUCAAACACAAGGAUUUAAUAUAACUGGAAUUUAUAAAAUCAAACCUGAUGAAAUGGAACCAUUUUAUGUUUUGUGCGAUCUAAACGCUGCAGGCGGGGGCUGGACGGUAAUACAAAAUCGAUUCGACGGUUCUCAAGACUUUUUCAAAAACUGGUACGAAUACAAGCAUGGCUUUGGUAAUUUGGCCGGCGAAUUUUGGCUUGGCUUGGAGAAGAUUUAUUACCUUACAAAUCAAAAACUUUACGAAUUAAGAGUGGAAAUAGAAUCGCAACAUGGACAAGAAGCUUCAGGAACAUAUUCAGUGUUUACUCUGGGACCAGAGUACGAAGGAUACCGAAUAAGUACUAUUGGAACAUUUCGUGGAACAGCCGGUGAUUCUCUGUCGUACCACGCUGGUCAAAAAUUCUCGACUUACGACGUGGACAAUGACGAGUGGAAAGAGGGGUCUUGCGCCAACGAACAUGGCGGAGCGUGGUGGUAUAAAGAAUGCGAUAAAAGUAACCUUAAUGGAAAAUAUUUAAUUUCACCGGAUGAAAGUAACGAACAAUCGAUUUACUGGGUCUCAUUCAAAGGUUCACAUUCACCGUUAUAUAAGACUAGGAUGAUGAUAAGACCGCUCCCGGCCAGCCGGCCGAUGGAAUAUAAUGAAAGAAUACUGAGUACCAAAUUAUCAAUUGACAAAAAUCGCGGGAAGGAUACGAAGAGCUCUUACCAUGAAGCAGUGCGCGGGCGCCUUCCUUAUCGCUUCGACGACGGUCUGCAUGCUGACGGCUUCUUCCCUAAUUACGCG